UUCUGUUAGUCGCUCGAACACGGUGAUCGCCGGAGCGUGACGGUACGCACUCUAAUGAGACUGGCUGGCAUUGUCGUGUGGAAUUCGAAAAAUAUUGCAGUUUUCUUGAUUUCAAUGAGGGCUAACACUCACUGUGCUAUGUUAGAUGUGAUGCGGAUUCGUGAAAGUAAUUGACGAGAAAAUGAGUGCUAUAGUAAAUGUAGCUGCGGACGUGAUAACUGGCUCAGCUAUAGCGGCUGAAGUUACGCAGGUAGCAUGGUUCAUACCGAUGCUGGUAGCCGCGAUAGCUUACUACCAAUUCGACCAGACCGAUCCAGAGGGCAGGCCAGCCGAUGUCACAGAGGACGAGAUGCUGCCCGAGUACGACUUUAUCGUCGUCGGAGCUGGUUCUGCCGGAGCCGUGGUUGCAAGUCGUCUUUCAGAAAUACCUCAAUGGAAGGUGCUCCUGUUGGAAGCUGGAGGGGAUGAAACGGAAAUAUCCGACGUUCCAUUACUCGCCGGAUACCUGCAACUUAGUAAACUCGACUGGAAAUAUAAAACUGAACCACAGGGCACCACUUGUUUAGCAAUGGAUGGCGGUCGCUGUAACUGGCCGAGAGGUAAAGUCCUUGGCGGAAGUUCAGUCCUGAACUACAUGUUGUAUCUAAGAGGAAACAAAAGAGAUUAUGAUGCUUGGGAGUCUCAAGGAAAUACAGGCUGGGGAUACAAUAACGUUCUCUACUAUUUUAAGAAGUCUGAAGAUAACCAAAAUCCCUUUCUCGCUAAGACGCCAUAUCACAGUACGGGAGGAUAUCUGACUGUUGCCGAAGCCCCUUAUCAUACACCAUUAGUAUCUAGUUUUAUAGAAUCUGGUCUGGAAAUGGGAUACUCAAAUCGGGAUAUAAAUGGUGAAAAUCAAACUGGCUUUAUGGUAGCCCAAGGCACACUAAGGCGUGGUAGCAGAUGCUCAACAGCAAAAGCGUAUCUGAGACCAGCAAAAGACCGCAAGAAUUUACACAUUGCUAUGAAUGCCUUCGUUACCAAAAUCAUGAUAGAUCCAACAACCAAGAUAGCGUUCGGAAUAGAGUUUAUAAAGAAUAAGAUGGUACACCGAAUCAGAGCUAGAAAGGAAGUUAUUUUAUCAGCUGGCACAAUUAAUUCUGCUCAUUUGUUACUACUUUCCGGCAUUGGACCAACAGAUGAAUUGGCCAAACAUCGUAUACCACAAAUACAAAAUCUACAAGUGGGAAAAAAUUUGCAAGAUCACAUCGGUCUCGGAGGUUUAGCAUUUCUAAUAAACAAACCCGUUUCCAUUGUAGAGCACCGAUUACAUACCGUAGGAACUCUUAUGGAAUAUGCUGUGAUGGGUAAGGGGCCAUUAACAAUCAUGGGCGGAGUUGAAGGCCUAGCGUUUGUCAACACAAAGUAUGCAAAUGCGUCGGAUGAUUUUCCUGACAUUGAAUUUCAUUUUAUAUCUGGUUCCACAAAUUCCGACGGCGGCGACCAGCUGCGUAAAGUUCACGGAUUAACCGAACAGUUUUAUGAUUCAGUCUUCCGUCCAAUUAACAACAAGGACGUGUGGAGCAUAAUUCCAAUGCUGCUGAGGCCAAAAAGUAAAGGUUUCAUUAGGCUGCGUAGUGCGAAUCCUUACGAUUAUCCAUUCAUUUUUCCGAAUUAUUUAACAGAUGAAAUGGAUGUCAAAAGCUUAGUAGAAGGCGUUAAGAUUGCUGUUGCUCUUUCAAGGACAAAAGCCUUCCAAAGGUAUGGAUCUGUUUUAAACAGUCAUAUAUUCCCAGCGUGUUCGAGUAUACCGAGAUAUUCGGAUCCAUAUUGGGAGUGUAUGAUUAGGCAAUACACUUGUACUAUAUAUCAUCCUGUGGGGACAGCUAAAAUGGGGCCUUAUUGGGACCGAGACGCGGUUGUUGAUCCAGAACUAAAAGUGUACGGCGUGGCAGGACUACGGGUUAUCGAUGGAAGUAUUAUGCCAAAUAUAGUGAGUGGAAACACAAAUGCACCGAUCAUUAUGAUUGGAGAGAAAGGUAGUGAUAUGAUCAAGCAGUCAUGGCUUAAACGCCGCAGAUCCAGAUACUAUUUGUGAUUAAAUGUACAAAGAAAUUAUUAUAUAAGCACCCAUACAGUAUUUCUAGAAAUCAGGUUUUGUAAAUAAUUUGUUGAUUAUUUGUUUAAUUAAUUUAUUGUAUAACUGUAACUUAUUUGUAAGUAAUUUAUUUUUGAACUAUUUAAGUUUUCUAAAUGAAAUUCUAAAGACUUAUACAUUAUUAAGUAUUUCUAAAUAUAAAAUUUAUAAAUUA